CUGUGCUGUUUCCCAUAUUUAUUUCAUGCACAUUUUGUUCGUGGAAUUGCUUUACAUGUUCGUGUUUUCUGUCAUGUAACUUGAACAGUGCACAACAAGCUGCACUUUGCUCCCAUGCAAGACACUAACAGGCUGCAGGGAAAACACUGUUCUUUGUUCAUUUGUGCUUGUACGUAGUGUCCUGAUAGUAUGUUUCUCCUCCCUAAAUAUGCCUGUUUAGCACAACUUCCUGAUGACGAUACAUUAAAGUUACUUCUUUUUGACUUACAGUUUAACUCGUAUUGAGUGUUGUCUGCAUCCAAAAAGGAAAUCAUGCAACAGAAAGUGAUUUCCUGGUUCAUCACAGAUGCAGUUUACAGUAAACUUCACUCCACCAGGCAGUUGUUUUACAUAUUUGGCAUUUAUACUCAUGUAUCAUUUGUAAACAGUGUCAUUGAGACUGAAAUCUCUUUUCCAAAAAACACAAUCAAACAGAAACACAACUACACAAUAAGCCAGCGCCAUGUCAGUGUUGAGUUAUUUAACUAACAAUGUUCUCUCGUUUUAACCCAAAUCACAAUCUUUUAACACUGCAAUCAUCUUACAACAUUAACCACGUGUUAAAAACUGCAACUGUAAAGCGGAAGAGAAUAUGUUUCCCUCUAAAAGUUCUUGAGAAUGCAGUUUAGUCGUCUAAUUUUUAUGAGACAGGGUUAAACAUUAUGUAUUAAUGAUCAAUAAUCAUAGUUAUCUAAUGGAUAUCUGUCCAGUCACUCCGUCACAUUCAGUUAUUGUUGUGGAAAUUGCUGAUGUUUGAGUCAUGUCAACAAUUACUAUUUGUCAAUUAACAGAUUUGGGGCAAUGAUGUAUUUUCCCCCAAGUUAAGAAUAAAAAUAAGAAAGUAAUAUUGAAAACAGUAAAAAAACAAAAAAACAACAACAUUUGCACCUUUGCAAAAUCAUUUGCGUAUAUUUGACAUGCAAAUUGGGAUAUUUAAUAUGUUUGAAGUUGUUAAAAAAAGUAUUGUUGAAUUUAAACUCCGUAGAUUAUAAUCAGUUUGGAAGUAGAAAUGCUAAAUGUGUGAGCUACUAACUGCUUUAAGACAAAUUGCACAAAACUUCCAGAUGUAGCAAAAAUGAUAUACUAGUUCCACUAGGUGAUGUUGUGUUAUAUGGAAAAAAAUAUUUUAUGUUUGAGGAAAAUUUUAAAAGGAAAAUCAAAGUUUUAAUCUGUAAAAAUUUUAGGUUUUAUAUGUUUUUGUAUAUUCAAGAAAAACAAACUGAGAGCAACAAAUUGCACAAAACUACCUGAUGAAUCAAAUAUGAUACAAAUUAGAAUUCAUCUAUGCAAAUUGAUUUUUAUUUUAAUGAGCAGGUUCAAUAAAACACUCCAGUUUAAAAAUAUGUGAAUUUUCUGGCAAUUAUUUCAUGGUUCAGGCAUUAUAGGAUUAAUUUAAAUAGAAUUUAACUCAAGAAGUUAACUGAAACUAAACUCAGCACUACAAAUGCAAAUAAUAAAACUUAAAUAUCACUUAAAACCAUUAAAAAAUACAUUAAUGUAGCAACUGAAGGAGGAGAGUUGAGUAUUAGUGUUGUAUUGUGAUUAUGCAGCAACUUAAUUGCACAUAAAGUUGGAAUAAAAUAUAUUUUUUUUACCUCUUUCCAUGAAAUUAUUGUGACACUGAUUUAUUCUUGACAGAUAAAGUGUUCUUAAAACUUUAUUAAUCAGUCUCUUCCAAACAUAUCACAAUGAAAAUUAAACCACACCGCAAUUUUGCUGCACUAAUGGCUCUUAUUGCACUAUACCUUGAUCGUUCCCCUUUUUUCCUGUAAAAAAUUCCUUUGGAUAAAAGCAUCUGCUAAAUGUCUAAAUGUAAAUGUAAAUGCAAUUAACAGGACUGUGUUUGAAAGCAAAAUCAUUCCACCUUCAUGGGCAACUGUAAUUCUGAGGUUUGCUCAUCCACAUAUUAGACCGCAGUGAUUGAAGAGCAACAGAAUAAAAACCUUUAUCCCCCUUUAUCUUGUGAACAACAUAAAAAAAACAACUUUUAAGGAUGAUGACUUCUACUGGCAAACAAACAACAAUGGAGAGUUGCUAUCUGUGUCUCUUUUGACCUUCAUUUCUUUCAGUGAAUGGACGACCACAGGUUGUUGUAUUCAGGAAAUCAUCUCCAAUCAUUCACAGAGUGAGCACAUAACUGACUCAAACAUUGUAUGGAGCUCCUCUCUCUCCCGCCACUGCCCCGUGUCGCCAUUUGUGGUGGCACCCAUGGGAAUGAGAUGUCAGGGGUAUAUAUUGUGAGAGAAAUGCAGAAACGGAAGGUAGAUCAGUCUGGAUCUGUUUCUAUAACUACCGUCCUGUCAAAUCCACCAGCUGUGGAGGCCUGCAUGAGAUACAUAGACACAGAUCUCAAUCGCUGUUUUACAGACGCUUUGCUGAGUGCUCCAGUAACAGAUUCGACACCCUACGAGUUGAGGCGAGCUCAAGAGCUGAACGCUCAGCUCGGACCAAAAGGAAGCAAUGAGGCCGUGGAUCUGCUCUUCGACCUCCACAACACCACUGCCAACAUGGGCAUGUGCUUAAUCUUUUACUCCUUAGACUGGCUCACCCUGCACAUUUACAAAUACAUACAGAGCAAGAUGACUUCUGCGCCUGUCAGAGCAAUCCAGUUGGAUAUCGCCGCCUCUGAGGCUUAUUCCCUGGAGGCAGUGGGAAAACGAGGCUUUGCCAUCGAGGUCGGCCCUCAACCCACUGGGGUGCUCAGAGCGGACAUCUAUAACAUGAUGAAAGAGGCGGUGGAUUUCACAUUAGAAUGGCUUCAGAAAUUUAAUUCUGGAAGUAUUUUUGAAGGAGGUGAAGUUGAAGCAUACGCAUUUGAGAAGAGCGUAGACUACCCAAGAGAUCCUACGACCAAUGAGAUUACUGCUGCCAUCCACCCACAGCUGCAGGAUAAUGACUUCAAGCUUCUCCGAGCAGGCGACCCCGUGUUCCUGUCAUUUUCUGGGGAGACGGUGAAGCACGAGGGAGAGGAACUCUACCCUUUCUUUGUAAAUGAAUGUGCCUACUAUGAGAAGAAGAUUGCGUUCCAUUUAGCUAAAAAGGUCACUCUGACCUUCCCGUCUGUAAGUGUGAAGAAGGACUGAGAGACCAACAUAUACUGUAGAUACUUACUAUACUAAUUAUAAUCAUAGACAGGAUUAAGGUGUAAAAUCAUGUUUUUAAUCAUCUCCAGUGAGCAAAUGCACACAUUUAUGCAAUGAUGAUUAAAAUAUCUACAGGUGCCGGACACAAUGCCAUGAUUACCUCCUCUCUUCCUGUACAGCAGCUCUGCAGCAGCACUACCUCUGUGAGGCUUUAAGAGGAGGCGAGUGUGUUGUAAUAGAAUUGUUUUUGUACUUGAAUGAAUGAUAUUGCACAGGUGCUGGAGUUUUAAUCCUCCACCCUCUGACUAGAUAGCAUGUUGAUCUUUUUUGCACUGCAGCGAUGAUGCAAAAUUCCAUGUCUAAAUAAAUGGAAACAUGAAUCUCUGAA